AUGGAUCGCCGGACUUUCGAGGGUCCCAUGGACUGGGAAUACCAGGACAGUGGUCCAUUUGAUCCCACGAGUCCCUUUACACAUGCAGCAAAGAGCAACUCACAGAAUGUUUUUGCAUCACCCUCGAAAUCUUCGCGACCGAACCCUUUUGCGAACCUGGGCACACCCACAAAAGCUCAACCACCCCAGACUUCCUUCUUUACACCUCAACUACCCUCCAAGGCUGCUGCUCCGCCCUUCCGGAAUCCUGCCUUUACUACUCCCCGACGGCCCUUUGAGGAUCUAGCCUUGUCAGAAGCUUCUGGUGCCGAAGAUAGCCCUGCUCAGACAGAGGUGUCUGACUAUCCCAACGAUACUCCCGAGGCGGAUCGCAUGAGCGACGUUACCAUGAGCGGAGUCUCGAGCCCAUCGAAAGUCGACAAGUCAUUCCGCUAUGGCAAGUCUCCUUUCGCAACCAAGAAGCACACAUCUGGAAGAGGAGAGAUUAGACCAGCCCGAGACCUCUCGGUGUCUGAUAUAAUGCGCAAGAGAAAGAGGCACAAUCUCGACAAGGACGUCAGCAUAGUCCGCAGCCGAUGGGAAGAGUCAGAGGCCGACUCCGACGAUAGCGUGGCACCGAAGCAGCACCGAUCUCGAAGCAAGAAGAAGGUCAAGGAGCCUGCUAAGGGUUUCGUAGGGAAGCUGUUCCAUAUGCUGGAAGAGCAUCCCAACGCCCCCGACAAUUUGUACCGGUGGAUAAAGUUACUGGUCAACUUUUUUCUGGUCUCAAUCUUCGUCUACAUUGGUUGGUCUGUCGUGGAUACUAUUAGAACCGACAUCUACAACGCCAACGAGUUUGCACGUCUCGAGAUCACGGGCAAGAUCGCAGAGUGUACUAAAGAGUAUACCGUGAACGGGUGCGAGAGGGAGAUCCGGCCACCAGCUCUCGACCCAAUGUGUGAAGGAUGGAAAACCUGCAUGGAACAGAACCCCGGGUCCAUCAUGAGGGUCAAGGUCACGGCGAAGCAGAUUGCCGAGAUCAUCAACGAGUUCUCGGACACAAUGAAUCUGAAGGCCUGGGGAUUUUUCUUUGCGGUCCUCAUCUUCUGCUCAAUCGCAAACAACUUGGUAUUUGGCGGCUACGCCAACAAGGCACCGGCGCCUGUCCAGUCACAACCGGCCACUGCGACGCAUGAUCCAUCAAUUCCUCCAGAGGGUGGCCCUGGAUUCAUGUGGAUUCCUGUUCAGACGCCCAGAAUGCAGCGACAUAGGAUGCUCGAUGAGGGUACGGACACGGAUAACUCGCCGCCCAAGAUGAAGCCGAUUCUGGCGGCACCUUAUACACCCUCUGGACGCCGAAGCCCAAGUAAGGGAGACCGGUCACGGAGUCCAGUUAAGUACCACCGAAGCCCCAGCAAGGGGAACCGUGACCCCUUUGCAUAA